AUGGGAAAGUCCCACUCAAAACGAUCUCCAAUCUCCUCUCCAUCAUACAAUAAUUGUUCUUUUAUAACGACAAAGAAACAAACAUCCCCAUCGUUGAUAUCAAACAAUUCCCGCUCUCAUAGCUUCUUAAAUAAAAGAAUUUCGUCAUUUUCAUCAUUUUCCAUGAAAUCGUCACCAUGCCCAAAGAACACUCCACCUUCAGUUAGCAUCUCAACCGCACCAAAUACUCCCGCUACAUUACGCAGCGAAUUUAUAGAAUCUUCGGAUUAUUAUAAUAAUGGUGAUUUAAGUAAUCAUGACGGUCAAUUAUUAGAAUCCCCUUCAUCGGAAUAUAAAUACAUUAAUGGUAGACGUUUUCAUAAUGUUGAUUCGGUAAAAUAUUCCUUACCAAAUGAUGAUGCCGAAAUGGAUAGAUUAAAAUUGCAACAUUAUUUAUUCCGUUAUAUCUUUCAAGGAAGUUUUUCUUCUCCUGUUGAAGAAAUAUUAAAGAUUGGCGGUACUGAAGUAUUAGAUUUAGGAUGUGGCCCUGGAACUUGGUUGUUUGAAAUGGGUGAUAAUUUUCCAAAAUCGAAUUUUACCGGCGUUGAUUUAACAAAUACCUUAUCAGGAAAUGACUCCUUUCAAUUUCAAAAUGUUAAAUUUGUUAAAGGAAAUGUGUUGGACAGUUUACCUUUUAAAGAUUCUACUUUUGAUUACGUAUUUAUCAGAUAUUUAAGUUUUGGGUUCACUGAACAGGAUUGGAAAUAUGUCAUAAACGAGAUAAUAAGAAUAACCAAACCCGGAGGUUGGAUUGAGUUCAUGGAACCAGAAUUUAAAUUACGUAACAAUGGUCCCAUAUCCGAAUAUUUGAAUGAUGCAAUGAUAAAAGAUCUCGAUUCACGAAACAUAUGUACAAACAUAACAACGAAGCUGGAACAAUUUUUGAUGGACACUAAACAAGCUAAUAAAGUAUUUCAUGAUGAAAAACCUUCUAAUUUUGGUUCAUGUAACGGGCGAUUCGGGGAAUUGGCUUGCAAUGACUUCAUUAUGAUAAUGCGUACAAUAGAGCCUCGGUUAUUACAAAUUAUUGAGACAAGUAACGAAGAAUAUGAUCAAUUAUUACAAAAUAUACCUGAUGAAAUGAAUCAAUUUAGGCCUUUUUAUAUAUGUCACCGUUUUUGGACGCAAAAAUUAUUUCCUAUGUAA